AUGCACGGUUCAACCGUCUGCAAUUCAACCAAUAUUUACGAUCCACCAAGUACGGACGAUUCAACCAAUACGUACGAUUCAACCAUCAACCCACUGAAGAUACUACUCAUUGUAGUGAGCGGAAUCGACAAAGUCGCCCCAAUGACCCAAUACUCAUACCACCAUUUUGCAAGGAUACAAGACUCUGCCAAUUAUACAGAAGAGUGCUCGAGUAGAAAGUUGAACAACAAUAAAAGACGCCAGACCCGACAUCUCAGCACAAUGAAUGCAGAGUCUGCCAAUUAUAGACAGACUGAAACCGGACUUCGGCUUGGAACGAGGGAGAAACCCUUUAUGACCGAAGUCUUCACCUCAACGUCUAAGAGAUACGCAAUUCUGGCCGACAAAUUCAUCCGGGAAGCUGAUGGUAUACUGUUGGCAUACAGCGUCACAAACAAGAACGCUCUUCGCCAAGUAACAGAUCAGUACGACAAGAUUGAGCGUGCGCGCACUGUGGGAUACAUGCGCCAAAACGGUUGCCAAUGCCAUCGUGUGCCCCCGAUGCCACUUCUCCUUGUCGGGAUCGACUCCGGAUCAAAUGUUCCAAGGAUGGUGUCCAAACCGCAAGGAGCCAACCUCGCCCUCCGGCUGGGCAUUGAGUUCAUGGAAAUGAACGAGACAUGGAACUCUCCAAUAGAGAUUCUCUUCUACCCGAUAGUGCGGGUAAUAGAUACAUAUACUCGCGAAGGCAAAGGUUCCGAUGAAUUCUCCCGAUGUCCAGGAACACAACGAUCCGGGGCGAGGGCGGCAUUCAGUCGCCGGAUGAAAUCCGAUCUCGAUAAAAUAAAAGCGUCGAUCAGACCUUGCAUACGCAAAUCUCGAGAAGCUGAUAUUAAAAAUCUACGAAAUGCGAUUGUCAAUGACCAGCAAGAGACAGUUCGGAGCCUGGUACAGAGUGGCGUUGAUGUCAACGGCUUUGAUCAGUCAGGGUCUACACUGUUGCAUGUUGCUGCAGCCCUGAAUCGAGUCGAGAUCGCCAAACUACUACUUCAGAGUGGAGCUUCCGUCAACCAGAUCUCGCCUCUUAAUGGGACAGCACUGACUGUUGCGGCUUCUCGAGGAAAUGACGAAAUUGUGCAGCUUCUGCUUGGGUACGGCGCUCGCGUCGAUGAUCCUUGCGACUAUUACGAAAACAUGCUACAAACUGUAGCACGGAGAGAUAAUCCGAAUAUCCUGCGGCAACUCAACAAGAGGAUGAGCUGGAAUCCAUUUAAGACUAGGAAAUAUUCAUGGUGUUGA